AUGGAAGACAACCAACACAUUGAUCUAAACAUAUGCAAACUGAAGCUCGAGCUGCUGCAAGACACAGCAAACUCCAAAGUAAGAAACCCAACAGAUGCAGUCCUAAACGCACUUUCCUCCCGCAUAAAGGAAUCCCUCAGAAACAUCCCAGAGGAAAAGCGUGCUGAAAUUCGGGCAUUGGUGGACACUUUCCUGCUGAAAGAAUUAGAGCCCGCAUUAGCCAAGAUAAUCAGUACUCCCGGUGUAGCAAGCCCAAAUUUAGCUGAAAUCCUCACGAAAGAAGCCAUACUAGAAGCUUCUUCCGAACUCACACGAAAACUCUCCAGACUAAAUGCAAAAGUAGACGCUUUUGUUCUCUCCCAGGAAAUUCUAUACGAGGAAUACGUCCAGAUAUUUCUAACUGUAAAUAUAAGAAUGUUUAGAUUUUUAGAAGAAACAUACACAAUGAUCGUCUCCUACUGCAAGGAAGCCCUCCAGAAAGAAGCAAUGAAGAAUUUCGACAUAUCCAUAAUGAGAGACGCCCUAAACGAGGAUGUAGCCCGUUUAAAAGAUACAUCUGCAGUUUUACAGGGAUUUGAACAGGAGAUGAAAAGCAGCGAAGUUAUGCUAAGAAUGGCUGUGGGGGAAAAAGAAAAGUGUAAAAGAGAAAAUAUUUUAGACUUUACGGGGUACGCUUUCAAAAGAGCAGACGAGAAAGCCAGAGCGUAUUUUUCUAGGGAUAGGCUCCAGCCUAGCGUAUAUUUUGGCCUGAAAGGAGCAAUAGAGGAAAACAGCGACUAUAUACCCUCGAAUCAGGUGAUGCUUUUGGAGAAGUAUGGGAUGAAUAGCCCGAAUGUUUUUUCUGUUGGGGAAAUGGCCGAGAAGUUGGAGAAAGUGGAGAAAGAGUGCUUGAGAAAGGGAAAGAAAAUGUGUGAAAGCAUAAGAAAAAAGGAGAAAAAGACAGUGGAGCUGAUGCAGGAUGUGGAUUUGCACUUUAAAAACAUGACAGUUUGGGGAGUGAUGGCUGGGCUUGUGGAGCUAUCAGGUAAUCUCAAAGGAGCAAUUGAAAAAAUGCAGGGACCUGAAAAAACGGAAAUGGAAAAAUUCAGGGACGAUUUGAAGAGGUUUUUUUUUCGGGUGGAAAUGACCCGGAGAUCUUCCUUCGCGCUGCUGGAUGCACUUUCCAGGAAAAUUAUCCCCAAAAACAUUCUCAUGAAGCUGUCAGGUGCUCGCGUGAGAAACAAAUUUGCACUUUUUAACGAUGGUUUUAGGAAAAUACAGGAUAAAUUUCCCACCGGGGAAAUAAAAUCCGGUUAUGAAAAGGCUUUUUAUGCUCUGAGAAGCCAUCCACGCACAAAACAAGAAACGGCAAAGCAGAUGCACAGAAACGCCAUGGAGGCAGAAGAGCAUCUUACACGGCUGCGAGGGAUUGAUGAAGGAACAACCCGAAAAGACUGUGACCUUAGGGUUGCAGAGUAUGAAAAAUUUGCAAGGAAAACUGAAAUGCCUGAUUUUUCAGGUGCUAUCGAGAACAUAACGCGUGAAAGCCUGGAAGAUGGAGUUACUCUGCGUGAGAUUAAAGCUAUGCUCUCAAAUGUGAACAUACUCCAUGGAAUAUGCACUGAAGAGCUGGAAGAUGAGGCCAAGUCAGAGUCUGAGAGAGUAGAAUUGAAGAAAAGUCUAUCGGAAACUGAAGAAAAAAUACGGGUUCUUGAAGAGAGAAUUCGUUCAUUUUCAGAUUUAAGCGAGGAAGAAGCCCAAAGGGAGGACUGUCUCCGUUACGCAUAUCUGACAAAGUAUAAGAAUGAGUGUCUUAAGCGCAUAUUCACACUCCAGAAGGAAGCUGAGGCUGAGAUGGCCCCACUGGCUAGAGAAGUUAUGAAGGAAAUUGAAGAGAUCCCGAAUAACCCGGAGCUCAGUGAAAAAGUGGAAAAAAUGCUUGAAGAAAUCAUUGAGGAAGAGCCUCACCGUCUGCUGACUUCGGAGUCCAUCAUAAAAAAUGAACACUUUUUGGAGGAAAUGCCAAAGCUGCUAGGUCAGCUCGAUAGAGAGAUAACCGGGGCAUUGAAGAAAACUCCGGGUAAAGGCGGCCGGGCUGCGCUUCUUCGAAAUUCGUUUAUCGGAUUUUUAAUUGCUGCUAUUCUUAUAUCCAUGAGAGUAAUCUUCAAUACUAGAACAGAGCAAAAAAACAUGAAAUAA